AUGCAGCUCUCGGAUCCCUUGGAGAAGUACGGCAUGUCCUCAUCGGAUUUCAACAAAGUUUUGGCGGAGUAUGAGGAUGACCCGGCGGUGCAUGAAGCCGUGUCAGCCCUCAUGGGUGCACCGCCUGAUGGCGCGGCCACCGUCACUGAGGCAGCAGCCAACCUCACCCCUGUGAAGUUGCUGGACAUCCACAAGUACAUGCUCACGGAGUAUGAGAACUUGGCCAAGCAGUCGGACAAGGGCUCCCGGGAUGCCGCCAUUGUGAGCUUUGCGGCGCAGGCCAUCGUGUCCGGGAAAGCGGAGGCCAAGUACAAAGUGUCCUCAGAGGACAUUGAGAGUGCCGUGCUGGCACACCAGGGUGCGCUCACAAGCAAUGCCGAGUUCUCGGAAGUCAACAUGAAGCUUCAAAAGGCGAUUGCCAAGCUCAUGGGCCUGUGA